AUGCAUUCGUUUCUUUUCGGCUAUCCGAAGUUUGAUGUUGAAGAUGAAGGUAAGGAUAAUUAUCAUCAGUCGCAAGAGUUUUCUCAAUGUACUGAAGUUGGUAGCCUUUAUGAUGGCUUCUGUUUCAUCAAAACAUUCGGAAGUCUUGGUAUUGGUCUUGAUAGCACAGUUGAUGGUUUCAUUGAUGGAAUCAUCCUCGCUUUUGUCUUCAGGCCAAUGUUGUUAAUUUAUUUUCAGAAAGGAGGGUCCGUUCCACCAUUGAUCGUUUUCGAGCAGUUCUUCAAUGGAUGUUCCUCUACUUCCGAUGUCGGCCGGAUUGGAUUGACUGGAAGGUACAUGUCGUAA